AUGCUGCUACACAUCAGCAGCACCAACGCGGAUAAUGCGUUUAUCGAUAGCCCACCGGAAGGAUACUACGAGCGAACGACACUGGCAGAUUGUGCCAGUCGUUUCUACGCUCAGGAUGUUUCGAGUGCCCUAGGGUUCUUUAUAUUCGGUGGAGGUCGCGCAUAUCUCAAGGAGUUUCCGCAUAUGGCUGCUAUCGGUUGGACAAAGGCAAACACUGGCCCGCCAGUGGUGGACUACAAAUGUGGUGGUUCGUUAAUAGCGACAAAGUUCGUACUGACUGCCGCUCACUGUGGGCAGGAUGAGAACAGGAUUCCUCCGGAUGCGGUACGGCUCGGUGAUACGAAUCUGGCGACGGUUGAAGAUGAUGCCAGCGCUCAGCAGUUUAAGAUCGUGGCGUUCACCGUGCAUGAUAAGUACAAGCGAAAUAAGAAGUACUACGACAUUGCGCUGAUCGAGCUAGAUCGUGAGGUUAAAUUUACGGCCGCCGUCUGUCCGAUCUGCCUGUGGCCGUUGGACAAUUUGAGCGAGUACAGUGCGAGUCUGAAGGCGGUUGGUUUUGGGCAGACUUCUUACGGAUCCGAUAUGAGUCCAGUGCUGCAGAAAGUGUCGCUAAACUACUACGAUUUUGAUACGUGCAACAAUGAGCUACCGCGCCCAAAGUUUCUGAAGGAAGGGCUAACGAAGGAUCAGUUCUGUACCAAGACGCCAAACAAAGAUGCCUGUCUCGGUGAUUCCGGUGGUCCUCUGCAGAUCGAGCUGUCGGAUGUAUCGAAAACGAUUCCGUACCUGACCGGGGUGGUAUCCUUCGGUACUGGCUGCUGGGAUGGUUCGUUCGGUGUAUAUACGAAGGUUUCGAGCUACAUCGAUUGGAUCCGUGAGCGAGUUAAUGUGACGACGGAUCCGAUCGAGUGUGCCCGUAAAUCGGAGUGUCUAGCAUCGAGGCCCUUCUCCGAUAGUCGGCUCAGCCCGCAGAACAAUUCUCCAUUCUUCAAGGUGAACCUGCAAAAGUCGGAUAACAGUAGCUUCCACCAGUGCACAGGAGCUCUGAUCGACUAUCGGCACGUCGUCACAUCGGCUACAUGUGCCAUGCGCAACAAUCAAAAGCCAGCCUUCGUAGAAGCAGAUGAUGAACUGGUGGAGAUCGUCGAUAUCGAUCUGCAUCCGCGCUACGUAGCCAGUAAAAGCUACAACAAUCUAGCCAUACUCACGCUGGGCAAGUUCUAUAAUCCCAACAAAAUCUACCAAAUCAUUGCGCCGGCUUGCAUAUGGAAGGAGGAUCGUAUCACCGAUCUGAUCGUCUUCUAUUCCGGCUAUGGUCCCGAGGUGAAGAACGAACCGACGGAUAAGGUGAACAGUGUCUCGUUGAAAAUUCUCGUUGCUCUAUUGUCGGAGAAUGGACGCUGUGAGGCGAAUGACGCGUGGAAGGUGAACAGUACACUAGCGGCUGGAUUCAACAGCGAUUUUCUCUGCACAUACAAUCCGAUCGAUCUUGUCCCCGGGAUUUGCAAGCUUGAACCAGGAGGUUCAGUGUCCAACUUCCGCCGAGAUAACAUCGUCCCGUACGUGUAUGGAAUCAAUGCGAUCGACGAAGGACCAUGUGGUGGAUCGCAGAAUCUAUUCGUGGCGACUAGGCUCGCACCAUCGUACGAUUGGAUUGAAUCGAUAGUGCUCAAUCGAUCGGUCGAAGAUAUUCCUGGCACAUUAAACAUUCGCUUUGGUGAAGAUGCAGAAAGUCCGUCCAGUUUGGAUUCAAUCUUUUCCUAUGGCUCUGGCCAGGUGAUCAACCGAAAUAAUCUAGCGCACCUUCUCAUUGCAGAUCUUAUCAACAAUCACAUUCGUCCGUAUGGGAACGACCUUCUCCAUCGAACACCAGAGACCACCGUACAAGUUUAUCAUCAAUCAUUGAGCAACACCCCGGAGACAUACAAAAUCUAUGGACCACAUUCCGGGUUCUCUCUAAAGAAGGCCAAUCCGUUGUUGCAUCCGCAAAUGGACAAUCUUGUCCGUCACAACGAUAUCCGGUACGAAGUGGUCCCGUCGAUAGAACUUCCUGCUACGCAUCUGAUCCAGCAACCGAGCAUCCCGGCGCGAAGCUAUCCGAUCCAUCCCUACAACACUUUCACUGGCCAACAACAAACGCAUCUACGCAGCUAUCAACCUCCUGUGCAUCAUCAAUCGCCAGCAGUACAUCCUUAUCAUUAUCAGCACCAACAACAGCACCAGCCUCAGCAGCGGCAAUAUCACUCGCAACCUUCUUCAUCGAUCGUCGAUCACGGAGGCCUCGUAUCGAUCAUUCGCUCCAUCGAACUGUUCGAGAAUGGCCACUGCACCUUACCAAGCGGGGCCGCCGGCCGUUGCCUGCACUACACUCGCUGUCCUUCGAUGUACUGGAAUGCCCAAAACAUAGCCCCCCAUCGUCACCAACAUGACUUGAUUCCCUACUGCAACCAACAGCAGCAAACCGUUUGCUGCCAGGCGUGAGGCCAACAGA